AUGGCCGACCCAAUCCCCGAUAGCCUGCGACAGGCCGACAUCACGAGAUUCAUCAAUCGCGCAAACCAGCUGCGCGACUUCAAGCCCGCAGUUACCUACUGGUGCGAAUACUGGGUUAUCAACCAGAUCCUGGCCAAGCAGUUGCACAAUGUCGACGACGAGAGUCUGGCCUACACCACCAACUUGAUGGACCGUCUUGAGAGGACAAAAACCGAAAAUGCUGCAGAAGAAGCCAUUACGGACGAUACCGUCGGACAAGCCUAUGUCGAGCAGUUUGCCCAGGAGACAUUCGAUCGCGCAGAGAAGGUUAUGCGCGCGAACAAAGUUACCAGGAAAACUGCCGAUACGUACGAUGCCGCCGCGACAUUCUUCCUGCUGGGAAACAUCUGGGGACAAAUCGACGACGAGACACAGAAGAAGGUCAAGUACGCAAAGUGGAACGCUGCUCGCAUAUUGAAGGCCAUCAAGGAGGGGAAGGAUCCCAACGAAUCGAACCCCAAAGAACCAGAACCCGAAGAAGCUCUUCCCUCUUUGGACCCCAACGAUCCCGAGGUCCUAGGACUGGCGUCGCCACCGCCAGCUCCCACCGUCGAGGACGAUCCGGAAACCGAGUUCUAUAGACAGGCGGCAGCCCCCUCGGCUCCGGCCCCGUCACAAGGACCGAGCGAGACCGAGCCCGCGCAGUCGAGCGUGCUUGACCUGCCCUCCGUUCCCUCAGGAAACGAUGUGAACCCCUCGGUACCGCAGAACCAGGGCUACUUUGACCCCCCCGAACAGUUCCCUCCGUCGCCCCUGAGUCAAACUGGCGCCAACGACAGUGCGGCAGCAAACGCCCCCUCGGCCCCGUCGCCGUUUGCCGGUUCCGCCGCGCCCUCCUUCAGCCCUGCCAACCCCGCCUCUCCGUGGCAGCCACCGCAAAUACCCAAGCCGACACCUCCGCCUGCCGCUCCGCAGUUCAAGCCCCCGCCGUCCGUCCCGCAGCAGCCCAAGGCGCCCGUCGUGCCCAUCUCGAACAACUCUUGGACUCCCAAUAACGGGCCGAUGGAUGAUUUGGACCUGCCCAAGGCACAGAAGCAUGCAAAGUGGGCCAUCUCCGCGCUCAACUUUGAAGACGUCCCGACGGCUGUCAAGGAGCUUCGCAAUGCGCUCGCGGCCCUGGGAGCGCAGUAA